UUCAGGGUCACGGGGAACCUGGAGCCUAUCCCAGGCAGCAUCGGGCACAAGGCGGGGUACACCCUGGACAGGGUGCCAGUCCAUCGCAGGGCACAAUCACAUACACACUCACACACCCAUUCAUACACUACGGACACUUUAGACACGCCAAUCAGACUACCAUGCAAGUCUUUGGACUGGGGGAGGAAACCGGAGUACCCAGAGGAAACCCCCGCAGCACGGGGAGAACAUGCAAACUCUACACAUUAUAUAUAUUUAAAUUAACAAGUACUAUAAGGGAUAUGCAGUAGAGUCAGAAAUGGGAAACCGAUGAUGAGAUGAAAUUCCACUUUGGUACUGCAUUCAUCCAGUUGGUGAAUAUAAAGAGUUUGUUAUAUCUCUCAUAUAACAAUAUGACUCGUGUAUGACUCGUUCAUUUUGAUAAAAAAUAAUAAUAAAAUACAGGUUUACAGCAGACCUCUCUGUUCCAGAGCUUCUUUGCAUCUCUCAAAGAUUCUCACAAAAGCAACAGAAUCAAGCUGACAGGAUACUCCUGGUAUUCCCCUAAAUGUCCAUGGACUUUCCAGCCUGGCCUGCAUCAUCAUAAAUAUUGAUCCAGCUUGCAUGUGUGAGAUCUUCUCGCUCAGUGCCAGCUUGUUCUCUAUGAGUGCCUGCUUGUCAGAAUGUGUGUGAUCUGUGGAAGAUUGUUUCAGUCAAUCUGUACAUGCUGCUGUCCAAAAGAAGAGAAUAUACUGGUCAUGUCAGUAUACGAAAACAGAGUGUGGCCAUUCAGGACAGAGACAAGAAAAAGUGCAGAACCAUCAGCUAUUAUGGCUGGGGAGUCACUGAGAGGCACCAGCAUUGAGAAUAUAUCUCACAAUAUAGACACAAUAAGAAAUGUUUCCAUUCAAAUGACCAAUUUCAGUGACAUGUACACCUUAGCCAAUCCAAGGGUCCACACCAGCAGUGGAUAUUGUCUCAAUCCUCCCCAGCCUACAAUCACAAAAAAGACCAGUGAAUCCUGUUCCUUUACCAAAACACCAUAUGCAGCACGAGGUUCUGUUGGAGUUCUGACGUAUGAAAUCCUCACAGAUGAAGGGCAAAGAGUUGGUGAACUUGCAAUAAUGUUCUCAGUACCAUUUGACUACAAUAAAUGGAAAAACUGCGUAGGUCUUGGUAUUUAUGAACAGCAAAUUUCAUGUGACGAUGAACUGUUUCACCAAAUGUAUUAUGAGAAGGGUCCUUUCACUGCAACAGUAGCUACAGGAAGUGAAAUCAUGUAUUCUGGAAAAGGAACUUGUGUGAAGGGAACAAUGUCCCCUGCAGGUAACGCAAUAAUGAAGGUUGAAUUUCGGGAUUUGUAGUCUUGUCGCCAAAACCCAAACGUAAGCAAAACAUUGCAGAUGCAAGAUGGGGGAUUGAAUUGCAAAAUGUUGAAUAUUAUUAACCUAAUUUAUGUUAUGUCUAUGAAUUAAUAUACUACUAUACGCAAUAACUGUCAUUUCUCUAGUGUUGC